AGAUUAUCUGGCCAAUGCUGAGUGUCUAAGGCCUUUGAAACGCAUAGAAGACAAAGAUUUCUUUGUGGAGGAUAUCAUCAUGUUUCAGCUGGUUCAUCGAGUUAGUGGAGCACUUCAAAGGUUCAGGGAGGGGAUGAAGACCCUUGGUGUUCUUGAUGCAAUAAGAAUGCACCCAGAUGCUUUCAGACCACUGUUUUGUCACGAGCCAUCCCCACUCACAGCUGAUGUACUAGAACAGCUCUUUGAAAUUCGACUGUCAGCAGUGGGCAGGAACAAAAGAAGGGCAGAGGAAUGUGUGGUUGCAUUUUGGAGGGACUACCUGCUGGAUGUUGAGGAGCAAGAGGGACCCUUGCAACUUGGGGGUAUCCUGGCCUUUGCGACGGGAGCAAAUGAUAUUCCACCCCUGGGCUUCUCCCCACUACCUUCAGUUGUUUUUCUCCAUGAGCUGCCCCUCAGACAAGCCCGUCAUUUACCCACCGCAAACGCAUGCAUUAACUGCCUGCGGUUGCCAGUCCUGAAAAAAUUUGAGGAUUUUAAGGAAACUAUGGAUUUUGCAUUAAAAAACACUCAGGGAUUUGGUCAGGAAUGACUUCCAAGAACUCCUUAAUAUACAUUAUUAAAAUCUGUUGCCUGUAGGACUUGACUAAAUUGAAGAGGCAUCGUUGUCAAUAACUCACAAUUUCCUAAUACAUUAUUAAUGUCUUGUUUAAACAAUUGAAAAUUGAAUAAUCAUUUGACUAAAAAGGAAACUUUUCACUGGCCUUUUGUUAACCUUUAUUAAUUGCCUUGACACUAAUGAAGUUGCUCACUGAUAGAGUUCACUAGGGUCAAAAAUAAUUGAAUGCCAUGGUUACA